ACCGAUCGAAGUCUCUGUUACAGCAAGCAAACAGAUUCUGGCAGAGUCGAUCAUCUUCACGUCCCAAACCUUACGGCUUGCCCGCAAAUCGAAUCCAUUAUCCAUUUAAGUUCUAAAUUAUCUGCAAACAGAAUCUUGCAAAUUCCACUUUUUGUUUGCGUUAUUACCAGAAAGCUCCCUUGAUAUUCAUCCAAUAUUCUUUGCCUGCGUUAAGUCUAAGCUUUUUGGCUGAAAUUAUUCUAAUUUCGUUUCAGUUUUCAUUCCUGGAAAUUCGCUAACGCUACUAUUAAUCUUUUGGCAAUGGAUAAGGGAUUCUAUUUUGGUAUUUGAUCUUAUAAGCUCAGAGCUAGAAUGGAUAGAAAUGGAAUUGUGGCCGUUUUUGUGUUGGUUUUGAUUGUUGCCGAUGUUUCCAAUGCUUCUUUGUUAUCGGCGUUUCAGAGAUUCGUAACCCUGGCUUCUACGGGUAGCUCUGAUGCAAAUCAAGUUUCUCCGUCGCCAAGUCCAGAUCCUUUACAAACUGGUACUAAGACGACGACAUCAAAUGAGACAAAUUCGAAGGGUCCAAAGGUACCAGACAACUCUAACAAUGUCAAUAAUACUUCAAAGGUUUCGCGUGAUACUGGGAUGGUGAAUCCACCUCCUCAAAAUGAAGGGGGUAUUGGGAAGACCUAUGAAACAAUGAAUAAGAACGAGGGUAAAAUGGAUUCACAGUCAGAAGGUGGUCUGAAUUGUACUGGGCUGUCUCGAAGAUGCAAGGAUCGGAAUUCGUUGGUUGCUUGCAUACUUAAUUAUGAAGAUGGGCACAACAAAUUGGUGGUUCUAGUCCAGAAUGAAGGAAAGAGUUUCUUAAAAGUGGAUCUUUCUGCUCCAAAUCCCAUCGACAAUGCUUUGAUUGAAAUACCCAAAUACGAGACAAAAAAGAUCAGUUUAUCUGCUGGUUACAGCAGUGAAGUGAUAUUAAAAGCUGGACAUGGGGAAUGUAUUCUGCAUACUGAUCUUCCUGUAUCUCGGGGAAACUUUUUCUUUCACCUCCCUUCUUAUGAGAACAUAAUAACUCCUAUUAAUGGUGCCUACUUCUUAAUUCUCACGGUGAUACUUAUUGGAGGAUUAUGGGCUUGGUGCUUAUUUAGAAAGAGGAGUCGGCAGGAUGGCAUUCCUUAUCAAGAACUAGAGAUGAGUUUGCCAGAAUCUGCUGUGGCAAACAAUGAAGCAGAAGGUUGGGACCAGGGUUGGGAUGAUGACUGGGAUGAGGAAAAUGCAGUGAAGUCACCAGCAGCACGCCAUUCAGGAAGUAUAUCGGCCAAUGGCCUGACUUCUAGGUCUCUAAAGAAAGACGGAUGGGAAAAUGACUGGGAUGAUUAGGAUUCUUCAAUGAGAAAAGAGAGACUUCUCCUACCCAGCAGGAGAAACAAAAAGAAAAGAAGAAAAGUUGUGAAAUUUAGGCGAUGAAGUAUUGGCUGUAAAUCAUUCUCACACUCGUCAGCAUGACAGUUAUAGUUUUCAUGUAAAAUUAAGAGUCUCAGAGAGGUUAUUUCAUUUCUGAAGCACAGGAGUGAUGUAUCUUUCUCUGCUUUUUGUGAAAUACAAGUUGUUCUUGGCUAGAUAUUUUUCUUUUUAGGUUAAUUCUUAACAGUCUUUUACAAAUAUUGCACCAUAUGAUUUGGUUUUCUCA